AUGGGCUGGAGAGACUUUAUCGAUUCUACUCGCGAUGCUAUCGCCGAAAUUGGUGCCGAAAUCGGCGUUACCGAUGAGCCGGAGAAGAGGAUAAAGUGCCCCAAGAUGGUGUUUGCUCACUACAUGCUGGGACUCACGGUCAAUCACACUUACCAGGACUGGGAAGAUGAGAUUAGAGCCGCCAAGGAAUGUGGCAUCGACGGAUUCGCACUGAAUACGGGACCACAAGAUCAUUGGCUUAACGAGCAGUUGGCUUUGGCGUAUCAGGCGGCUGAACGGGUAGGAGGCUUUGUCCUUUUCAUCUCUUUUGACUUUGCGUUUGAGUGGCCAGUGCAGCAGGUCAUUGACUUGAUCAACCGAUUCAAGUAUUCGCCAGCCCAAUGUGUAGUUGAUGGGAGACCAUUCGUAUCGACGUUUGAGGGUCCUCAGUGGGCUGACAACUGGCCUUUGGUCCGUCAAGCGACCGGUGGCAUCUUCCUUGUUCCGGACUGGGCCAGUCUUGGACCCCACGGAGUUGGCCAGAAGCUCCAGUAUAUCGAUGGUGCUUUCUCCUGGGAUGCAUGGCCGAAGGGAUGCAAUCACAAGAUGGGACCGGAUGAAGAUCAUCUGUACAUGGAAGCCCUCCAGAUCGAGAAGCCCGGUAUCUUUGGGACACCGAACAACAAGCACAAGUACAUGAUGGGCGUCAGUCCUUACUUCUAUACCAACCUUCCACAGUGGAACAAGAACUGGUACUGCUCCAGCGAGUCUCUCUGGUAUGAUCGUUGGCAACAGAUCCUAGAGGUGCAACCAGACUUUGUCGAGAUCAUCACAUGGAACGACUAUGGAGAGUCAAGCUACAUCUAUGACCCCCAUCGCGACGAUCAGGUUGUGCCAGGAGCAGACACCUACGUCAAGGGCUACUCACACGACGCCUACCGUGCCAUUCUGCCUCAUUUUAUCCAGGCUUACAAGGCUGGAAAGACCAAGGCUAAGCCAAGAGAGAACCUCGAGGACGUGGCAAUCGCAUGGUAUCGCAGAACACCGGCUAGUGCUGGUCACCAUGGUGAAACCGCAUGGGGACAAGGAGGCGACGCCUUGGCGGCACACGGCGCUAAGGACGUGAUUUCGGUCGUUGCCAUCACCAAGGAGGAGAACACGGUAACCGUGACGCUCGGAGAUGGGCAACCGAGGGAGUUCCAAACGACACGGGGCUCUACGUACUUUGAGGUUCCGUUCGAUGAGAGCACCCUCGGUCCCGUAAGGUUGCAGUUGAACGGCCAGGUCACGGAAGGGCCGGAUAUUCACUGUAAUUGCGAAGACAAGGUCAACUUUAACUCGGUGGUCAUUCAGGUUCCUGACAGGAGGUAA